AUGAAUUAAGACAUUUAUAUCAAAAAACAAUGGUUCAUAAAGAGUCGAGAGGGGAAGGUCGAGGAUUAUUACAUUUUGGACACCAAAGUGAUAUUCUGAGUCUAAUAUUUAGGAACUCUCCUCCGGUUCGUUUGGAAAGGUUUACUAAGCCAAAGCCAAACUCUUGAAAAAUGAUCCGAUGAGGGCUGUGAAGGUGAUUCCAAAGAGACUGAUUGAAAACAAGGACAGAUUCCUUUAGGAAGUAGAGAUUCUGAGAAAUCUGGAUCAUCCAAAUAUUAUCAAGCUGUAUGAGACUUUUGAGGAUGUUCGGAACAUCUAUUUGGUCAUGGAGUAUUUUUGUUGAGUUGACAUCAAUUAGACUUUGCACUGGUGGCGAAUUAUUCGAUUAAAUCGUUACUCAUGGUUAUCUAAGUGAGAAGGAUGCACAACAAGUGUUCAUUCAAAUCAUGAGAGCCAUCUCCUAUUGUCACAGCAAAGGCAUUGCUCAUCGAGAUUUGAAACCUGAGAAUUUCCUGUAUUACGAUGACAAGCCAGGAAGUCUGUUGAAGGUGAUUGAUUUUGGAUUGUCUCGCGUAUUCAGACAAUCAGGUUAACAGGAGAAAUAAAUCAUGAAGAGUAGAACUGGCUCAGUAAAUUUCCUCACUUGCUAUCAUAGGCCUACUAUAUAAGUCCAGAAGUACUCGAUGGUUAGUAUGAUGAAUUGUGCGAUGUCUGGUCAGCUGGAGUCAUUCUCUUCAUUUUGCUUACAGGAAUACCGCCAUUCAACGGGAAUAGCGAUGGAGAAAUCGUUAAACAAAUCCGAACCGGCAAGUUGAACCUAGAUAUAAAGGAGUUGUAAGUCGUCUCUGAAAGUGCCAAGGAUCUUAUUUAGAAAAUGAUCUGUAAACAUUCUCAAAGAUUGAAUUCUUCACAGGUUUUGUAACAUGAAUGGCUACAGAAUCUCAAUUCGAACGAUUUAAAAUUGAGUCUUAAUUUUGAUUCAUUAAAGUAAUUCACUUAACAAAGCAAAUUGAAAAAAGUAUGAAGACAAUUCGUUAUUCAUAGAUUGUGUUAGCUUAGAUUGCAACUUAAGUGAGUUUGAAUGAGAUUGCUGAACUUAGCAAAUUAUUCUAAAGUCUAGACAAAGAUGGCAAUGGACAAUUGAGUUUUGAGGAAUUCAAAAAUGGAUUCAAGGAAAAGAAAAAUGAUUUGUUGCAAUACUUCGAAGCUAUUGAUACUGACUCAUCGGGGUCAAUCGAUUAUAAUGGUUUUGAUAAUUGAUUUUUUAUUCCUAUAGAAUUUAUAGCAGCCAUGAUGGAGAGGACAUUCUAUUUGAAAUAAGAUAAAUUGUUGCAAGCUUUUCAAACUUUUGAUCUAGAUAACGAUGGCAAAAUCACUGCUUAAGAAUUGAAAAAAGUACUUGGAGGUAUAAAUAUAUAUAUAAUUAGACAACGAUUAUUAUAAUAAAAUUGAUUCUAAGUUUUGGGAAUCCUUAGUCAAGGAUGGAGACUUUGAUGAAGAUGGAAAAAUCGACUAUUUGGAAUUUGUUGAAAUGAUGAGUGAUUUAUGA